ACACGAAGGCAGGCUACACCGUCCAUUUACACACAAACACAUCCACCGCGUUUACGUUUGGUGGUUCAAGAGUACUAGAUCAGUUGCAGGUAACCGGUAGCUGCUCCACAACGUGUUUCCACUCGGACUAUUGUAGAGAACGGACGUUUGAAAACACAAAACUUUAUUGUGAAGACAAACGGUUGUGUAUUGUUUCAUUCAAUUACGGCUUUCCUGGCGCUGAAGAAAAUCAAUUUCUCAUUAAAAGGCGGUGGCCAGGCCUUUAUUUUUGCUGUAUCUUUGUUGAAGAUCGACAACUCUUGCUAAUUUACAAGGAAGACAUGACUCAGUAGUAGUAGUAGUAGUAGAAGACCGGUUUCUCGCCCAUGUCGAUAGAUGGAGACAAAACACAGGCAGUGACCCUUCCCUCUAAGAGGGACAAGUGGACCCAAACCAUGGCAGCAAAAUGCCCCCGGCAUCAUAACAGAACCAUCGGAUCCCCUCACUGUAGGGGUAAAGCAUUCAGUAUAACACCUGACAUCCAGCCGAAGGAGGACCGAAGGCCCGAGCCGGGGAGAGGACACCAUGUCGGCGGUGAUGAUAACACGAAAGGUGCGAAAAUGGGAGAAGCUCCCGGGUAAAAACACUUUCUGCUGCGACGGCCGGGUGAUGAUGGCCCGGCAGAAGGGAGUCUUCUACCUGACCCUGUUCCUCAUCGUCGGGACCUGCGCUCUCUUCUUCGCUUUCGAAUGUCCCUACUUGGCUGUGCACCUGUCUCCCACCAUCCCAGUUUUCGCCGUCUUCCUCUUCCUCUUUGUCAUGGCCAUGUUGCUGAGGACCAGCUUCAGUGACCCUGGGGUGCUGCCACGGGCCCUCCCAGAGGAAGCAACAUUCAUUGAGAUGGAAAUUGAGGCUGCCAAUGGGAACGUCCCCGCGGGGCAGCGGCCACCACCUCGAAUCCGCAAUGUUCAGAUCAACAACCAGAUCGUCAAGCUCAAGUACUGCUACACUUGCAAGAUCUUUCGACCACCUCGAGCAUCUCACUGCAGCAUCUGUGACAACUGUGUCGACCGUUUUGAUCACCACUGUCCAUGGGUGGGCAACUGUGUGGGCAAGAGGAACUACCGAUACUUCUACCUGUUCACCCUGUCCCUCUCCCUGCUCACCAUUUAUAUCUUCACCUUUGACAUCGUCCACGUGGUCAUGCGUUCAGUGGAUAAAGGCUUUUUGAACACUUUGAAAGAAACACCUGGAACUGUGCUGGAGGUGUUGGUGUGUUUCUUCACCCUGUGGUCAGUGGUGGGACUGACCGGCUUCCACACCUACCUGAUCUCUCUCAACCAGACCACCAAUGAGGAUAUUAAAGGAUCCUGGUCUGGAAAGAACAGAGUCCAGAACCCGUACAGCCACAAGAACAUCAUCAAAAACUGCUGUGAGGUGCUCUGUGGGCCGACGUACCCGAGCGUCCUGGAUAGAAGAGGACUGAUGCGGGAGGAUUUGCCUGUUUCUGCAGCAUCUGUUGCACCCGCCGUCUCCUCCUCCAGCAGUAGCAACCCAGUGCCACAAACCACGCAUGCUGUCCUCUGCCUACAGAAAACCACAGCUCCGCUCAUCCCCAAUGAGCACACACCUGACGAGGCCAAGCCGAGCAUUGCUGCUUCAGCAGAGAAGAGCCCCUCCCCCAAAGAGGAGCACCCUCCUGCUCCGAGGGUCCCGCCCCUGGCUUCACCCGAGGCUGAUGUAGAGACAUCCAUCACCAAGGGCAAGACCCAUUAGCUAUAUUAGUGGGCGGCUCCAAUCGUAGCUGACCCCCCCCUCCCCCUCCCCCCUCCUCCACCCCUAGCCUCCCAACUGCCCCCGCCCCAACAUCCUGCCUGGUCAGGAACUGGAACAAUAAUAAUCAAUGUCUGAUUACUGUGCGGGUGACUCACUUAUUCUCCGAGUCUCGCCCUACAUCCAACCAGAAGAGCAGAGUCUCUGCUGCAGCUCCUCCUCUUGCCUCCUCCUCACCAGUAACUGCAGAGGUGUUUGAGUGACACUUGCUCCUGCAGGAGGGGGAGCGAUUGAAUGGAAAGUCAGCGUCCUGCUCUGACUCCUGAACACUGCAUGGAAAAGACACGCAGGGGGAGAAGCCGCUGGGAAAACUGCAGGAAGGAAAAAAAAAAAAAAACAAAAAAAAAAAAAAACUCUGCAAACGUAUGACUUCCCCCGCAGUUCACCUGUGGGUUGCUCUGAUUGUCAGUGCUACUUCUUUUCUUUUAUUUAAAGUUGCAUAACGACAUUUAUUGUGAGAGGCCAGUUCACGUAUACUCCUUGCAAGUGUCUGGUGAAGACAAUAUUACUUCUGGACAUGUAUAGAACUUCAAACAUACAGUCAAUUUUGUUGUGUGCACAUUACAUGCCCUAUGCAAACCAUGAGAAGGCUGGACAAGCUUUUUUUUCAUUUGCUGAGUGUGGAUAAAAGCGUUUCACCUGUUAGUCUGUGAGUACACAUCGUGUCCAGGCAGGGGGAGGACAUGCAAAUCCUUAGCUGAGAUAUCCCUAAAGGCUUCCAGGCAAGUCAAAAUCUACCUUUUAUUCUUAUAUUGCUGCAUUCAGUACUUUGUUACUUAGGUGCAUUUUUUUUUUUCUUAAUUUUUAAAGUGAUCUGAUUCAGACCAACGCCUGUCCUUCAAUUUUUAUGUAAUCAAGGAUGUGGUGUGACGUUGGCGCUCUGAAAUAGAUGAAGCUGCUUAAUGCACAGUUGAAGUCUUGUUUCCAGGAGACACGUAGUCCCAGUGUGAGUGACAAAAGGCCUGAAAUCUGAUGAUCCUAGACACUCGUGGUAACAGUGCCUUAUCAUAACAGUUGCACUAUGAUAUGCAGCUGAGGUCCACCAACAGAGGAGCCCUUCAAAUCCGUUCUGCUAUAGUGUUAAAUGAGAAAUGCCAACGUUAAUACACAAAUUAGUCCACUGGUUCCCAACCAGCUGGUCGCAAGCUAAAUGUGAGAGGUCGCGAGAUGAUUAAAGGAAUACUUUGACAUUUUGGGAAAUAUUCAUUAUUUGCUUUCCUGACGAGGUUGGUACCACUCUCCCUUCUGUGUCGCCAAUAUGAAGCCACAGGUGGGAGGACAGUAAGCUUAGCUUAGCAUAAAGAUUGGAAACGGGGAAACAGGUAGCCUGGCUCUGUCCAAUGGUAAAACAUCAGACAUCAGCCUGCCAGCAACUCUGAAGCUCAUUAGGUAACACGUCAUAUUUAGUUUGUUUUAUGCUCACGCAAACUGACACGGUGGUCUGGUUGUUGGUUUACAACUGGAACUCUUCACUGACAUCCUGUUGUUUUUACAUUUCAGUAUAUGCACAAACUAGUCAUAACGAGUUAGUCAGUGAGCUGUAGAGGUGCUGGCACCUUUUAGCCAAGCUAGCCGUUUCUCCUUGUUUCCAGUCUCUCUUUGCUAAGCUAAGCUAACCGGCUGCUGGCUUUAGCGUAAUAUGAAAAGUACAGAUAUCAGAGUUGUAUCAAUCAAUCAGUCAUCUAACUCUUAGCAAGAAGUUAAAUAACCUCAUUUCUCAGAAUGUCCAAAUAUCCCUUUCAACAUAUUUCUGCUGCAUAUGACGACAAACUUGUGCUUUUUUACUAUGAAAUACUGUGAAUUUUCCUCCAGAAAUGAUAUAAAAAAUAAAAUCUGAGAAGGAAAAAAUCACUCUUUUGUUGAACUGGUCACAACUGGUAGAUAAAUGCAACCUGUGACAAGUAGAUAUUGCUGCGUUCUGAGGGGUUGCGGGAACCACUGAAUUAGACCUUGUGGAGAAAAAAAACAAGCAAAGCCUUGGUUGAAUUGUACAUAGUCUUAGCAGGUAUAGAUGUACUAAAAACCUCUCAGCUGAUGAGUGAGGAGGACCGACAUCAGCAAGGUUUCGUUUUUUUUUUUAAACUUUUGUGACGCGCAAGUGCGGCCAGUGUUAAUUUUUCUGCCUACGAGCUUGAGCACCUCCUCCCUCAAAUCACAUCAGAGCUGAUCUUCCUCAGAGUCCUCUCUCUUCCUGCCGUCUUCCUGCCUUCUCAUAUGUAACUCAUCUUCUCCUCCUUUUCCUCGCAUCUUUGCCGUGACAGUUUUUUCCUACAGCAGGCCCAAGGCUGUGCAGCCGCCUUUGGCAGGAUCAUUACCGCAGAGAGAAAACGGAAAAAGGUAUCUGUGUAUUUCAGACGGAGCGCUGCCUUUAAUGCGGCUCGAGAAUUUAUUUUGUUUGGGUCACAGGGAUCGCUCGAGGGGGGCGGCAUCCACUCGAAGAAAAAUGAGAGAAAGUGAAGCAAAUUCUUAGUAUUUAAAUGAUUUUAGCAGAUAGCAAGAGUUUGUCAUAGUGAUUGUGUUAUAUGCAAGACAAAGUUAGUGUUUGUGAAAUAUACCUGUGUAGCAAUUCUAGUGUUUCAACAGCAUCGCGUCAGACUCCGAAAUCUGCCCAAGAUUAUUAUAAGACCCAAAAUAAUUCCUCCUUAAUCUCCUAAAAAAAAUAACUUAUUUGAGUGGUAGCAUGGAAAAUAAAAUUUAGGAUGGUGGGAUUUCUGGAAUCGUUUUCGUGCAGCAGAUUAGGGCUCAAGACUGAUAUUAGACACUUUUAAACAAUAGGAGAUGAAUCCAGGCCUGCAAGUAACAAUUUUUUUUCAUUAUUGAUUCAUCUGUGGAUGAUUUUCCUGAUUAAAGGAUGAAUUGUUAGCUCUCUAUUACGUCAGAAAAUAAUGAAACGUUCAUUUUGUCCAACCAAUUGUCACCUCAAAAACUUGGUUUUGUUAUAAGAAAAUUAACAUUUGGAACUAGCAUAUUUUCUUUUUCAUUUUUACUCGAAAAAUGCUAAACAAAUAAUUGAUAAUUAAAAUUGCUGCUGAUCAAUUUUCUGUCACUCGUCUAAUCAAUUAAUCAACCAGUUGUUUCAGCUCUAGAUGAAUCCUUUUAUCCACGUUUAGUUUCUCUACAUUCAGAUGAGAAAAGGAGGGAUAACUGACACGCGUCCCCAGGAAGAUGCUGUAAGGCGCGUGGCGGUGUCGUUACUGUGAAGUUAAAGAAGUUGUGAUAACUGAAUAUUUGUUUUGAAAGAAUCUCCAAAAAAUGUUCAAUUUCCAAUGAGAAGUACUAAGCCAGGACCAGUUUUAGUGGAUUUUAUUCGUUGAAGGUACUUGAAGACAGUUUGAUUUAUCAGAUCGCUUUGCAUUGCCGUCACCAAGACGCAGAGCAGGUUUUAAAGGGACGGUUGAAUUUAGAUUUUUAGCUCUAAGGGUUUGCAGACUGUCGGGCAAGCGGGCUGAGCUGUUGUAUGUGUGUGAUUCCUGUGUUAAAAUGCCAUGACGCGAUCGGAUCUGAAUGCUCUGAUCAAUCUAUUACAUUGCAUUAUGUAUACAGAUACAGUACUAUACCAUUGAUGGAGCUCUUAUUUAUGUUCACUUUGUUAAGUAUCAACACUGUGAUUAUAUGUAUUACAUUCAAUUCACUUCUUUUUACAUGAUCAAUG